AUGAAUACCUCGACGCACACCGAGACCUUCAGCGUACUGCUGAAUGCACUUCCCAGGGAACUAUCUUGGGGCGUGCACCUCCAGCUAAACACCAACCAUCCAGACGAGCCAAUCCGAGCCGAUCCUCCUCACAAAGGGCACGGCGAGACAUUCCACCUCGACCCGGGGGAAGGCUUCUCCAAAAGCAUCUUCGUGUAUCGAAUCGCAUUUGGCGAUUUCCCCCUGCUUCCAAGCGCCAUCAAACGCCUGCGCCACCUGCGAGUCGAGUUCCUCCCCGGCAGGGAAAAGAUCUGGCUCCGCGAAUGGGUCCGCUUCUGCUAUCAGCUUACACCGCACGUCACGCCGCACGCGUUGGACCUUGUGCUCGUCGCGCACGGGCUCGGCCCGGUCUUGUGCCCCCUCUUCGUGGAUAACCUGAGACUCCUGCCGCCGCUGCGACGCUGCUCGGUCUGUCUGGGCCCCGGCGUGGAUCUCCGGCUGAGAUAUCCGCUUGCGAGGACUCUCGGCGCGCUCACGGCCGCGCCCAAAAACGAGCGCAGGUUCAACUUCUCAGCCCUCCCCGGGGAGCUCCAGGAGCUCGUCCUGCGGCAUACGGAGCUGAUCGCGCCCAUGUCGCUGGUGUGGGUGAAACGCGUCUGGAUACCCUCGAGGUACGACCUGGACGGCGUCGGACUCGAUUGCACGAACGUCCCCCAUCACGUCUGGUGCUCGGCGCGCGAGCCGCAAUGGGUCUACCCGGUUAACAUGUUCCGGGUCAGCGAUGACUUUAGCGAGCUGGCCUUCCGCGUGUUCUACUCCGGUAAUGUUUUCCGUCUGGUCGACAACCCGGGCGUCGUCAACUGCGAGAGGGCGUUCCCGCCGCAGUAUCUGAAGCAUGUUGCGUUCUUGCACUGUGACGUGUUGCCGACCAAACGUGGUGCCGCAGCGAAAACUGUCAAGGACUUCGCUGCUGCCAUCUGUCGCGUGGCGGCUGCUUCGACGAUGCACAAGCUCACGGUCACGAUGCAGGUCGUGCAGUUGAUCUCUUCGUGGCAGGGCGUGGACAGGAUAGAUGCCUGGUGUCAGAGUGCGUUCAGGUACAUGUAUCCGUGCCGUGGCGUCAAAGACUUCUUCGUGUACAGGUUCCCGCCGGAGCGUGGUUUCCGCCGGGGGUGUGAACUGCCAGAGUUCUGGCUGGAAAAGGCGGUUAUGGGGGCGGAUUACGAUCGGUCCAGCCGCAGGGUGCGACUAAAAUAUGUCUUGUCCGGGAAAUUGGAUAUUGUCUACGCUGGAAAAUAUACCCUGUUGUUUCUACCACGUCGGCGUAUCACAGAUAAAUCGAUUCACCCCAUCAUCCGAACAACAAUGUACACCCACCCGUCCCCAUACGCUGAACUCCUCACGACCUCCUCGACUGGCGCGGACAUCGGCAGUACAGCACCAUGUAGCACCGGCUUCGCGAGCACCGGCGUCCUCCGACUGGGAAACAAGUUCGGGAGUAAGGCGUGCAACGCCGUCCCCAGGGUCUGCGGCUGCGGCGUCCUUGAGAUGGCCGCCUGGCUUGCGGCCAUGCUGGAGGGUGGAAGCGUUGGUGGGAGCGGCGACUGA